UUGCCCCUGGUAAAACGACUCGCCUCCAGGUGACGUCAUCGCUCCACAGUGCGCGCGCGGCUCCACCCGAGAAAACAAGUUCCAGCGCAGGUUCCCAACAUGGCGGCGGCGUCUCUGCGCUGAAGUUUGUACAACCGGAUAAACAACAAAAACGCGCGAUGUCCCGUCUCUUACACGCUUACUACAAUAUCGUGGUAUUUAUUUAAACGGUGUAAGACGUGAGGGAGGAAACCAUGGUAACGCCUCAUCGCGUUUAUUCUGAAAGUUAAAACUUUUUGUUGGUUAAAGCUAACCUGCUAACUCUAAAGCUAACGCUAACCUGCUAACUCUAAAGCUAACGCUAACCUGCUAACUCUAAAGCUAACGCUAAAGCUAACCCUAGCCCUAGUCCGCUAGCUCUAAAGACACUUUUGUUAGCUCGACACUUUAUACAGUUUGGCGGCCGGGGGACGCGUGUUGUUUUCUCCCCUUGAGGACAGAUCAUGGCUCAGUCACCGGUGGCUGUUCAAGUUCCCGGAAUGCAGAACCCUCGAGCGGAUCCUGAGGAGCUCUUCACUAAACUGGAGCGCAUUGGCAAGGGGUCGUUUGGAGAGGUUUUCAAGGGUAUUGACCGCCGCACGCAGAACGUGGUGGCCAUCAAAACCAUCGACUUGGAGGAGGCUGAGGAUGAGAUUGAGGACAUCCAGCAAGAGAUCACUGUGCUGAGCCAGUGUGACAGUCCACAUGUCACCAAGUACUACGGCUCAUACCUGAAGGGCAGUAAGCUGUGGAUCAUAAUGGAGUAUCUUGGUGGAGGAUCAGCUCUGGAUCUGUUGCGUGCCGGACCAUUUGAUGAGUACCAGAUAGCCACCAUGCUGAAGGAGAUUCUAAAAGGCCUGGACUACCUGCACUCUGAGAAAAAAAUUCACAGAGACAUCAAAGCCGCCAACGUGCUCCUGUCAGAGUCUGGUGAGGUGAAGCUGGCAGACUUUGGUGUGGCGGGGCAGCUCACGGACACGCAGAUCAAAAGGGAGACGUUUGUGGGAACGCCGUUCUGGAUGGCUCCGGAGGUCAUUCAGCAAUCUGCUUACGACUCCAAGGCUGAUAUCUGGUCCCUGGGUAUCACUGCUAUUGAGCUAGCUAAGGGAGAGCCGCCCAACUCGGACAUGCAUCCCAUGAGAGUUCUGUUUCAUAUCCCGAAGAACACCCCCCCCACCCUCAACGGUGACUUCUCCAAGACCUUCAAGGAGUUUGUGGACUCGUGUCUGAACAAAGACCCUGCAUUUAGACCAACUGCUAAGGAGUUACUGAAGCACAAGUUCAUUGUAAAGAAUGCCAAGAAGACGUCGUACCUCACCGAGCUGAUCGACAGGCUGAAGCGCUGGAAAGCUGAAGGACACAGUGAUGGAGACUCUGACUCAGACUCUGACUCCGAGUCGAGCAGUAAAAACAGUGACCUGUCCCCUGAGUGGUCCUUCACUACUGUCCGUAAGAAGCCUGACAAACAGCCCAACGGAGUGGUGUCUCUUGACCAAGUGGUACAGAAGAAGUCUGCCAGUCUGUCCACAGUUAUAAGUCCGGUGUUUUCGGAGCUGAAGCUGCAGCACAGGGAUGGAGACACGAGGAGGAGUGUGAUAGAAGAUCUGGAGAAGAGUCUUUAUGCUGCUGAGGACAUCUGCCCUGGGAUCACAGACAAGAUGAUCAGUCACAUCCUCGAAAGGGUGCAGAGGUUCUCUGUGAGUUAGAGUUCAGAGUGGAAAUAAAACACAUCUGAAUAAGAAGCUGGACGACCAAACAGCUGCAGGGCUUCUACAAUCUGUUCUUCCUGUUCACUGAACAUUAAUGUUUUACACACACACACACACACACAUGCCCUCUCCACACAUAGGGGCAGGAGGGACUCAGGUCACACACACUAUCAUAACCAAAAAAGGAAUUUUCCUUUUUCAUGAAAGACAUAAAUAUAUUUUCUCAAGUUGUAUUUAUAUCUUUUUGGUCACGUGCUUUUGUUAAGAUUUCUGCUGGUGCCUGAUGAUGUUAGUGUUAUUUUAGAUUAUUAUUUUAUAACAGAUUGUGAGUCACAGACAUGCUUCUAGGUUUCCUGCUGAUCAUAAGACGCAUGUGUGUGUGUGUGUUUGACCCUUUGAGAAACUUUUAUUUUAUGUUUAUUUUAUGCUUCUAUCGGUAAUAUUUGUGUGGGAUUUAUUCCAACUUUUUAUGCCUUUUUUAAUGAGGGUUGAUUUUCUGUUCACUCUACAUACUGUUACGUGAAGCAUUACGACUGCUGUACGGGGAAAAACUUCACAUCGCAUUAAAGAAAACAUAGAAAUACCUCAAACAAACAGACCAAACAAUCCAUUGAACCAAGAUUUUUAAUUUAUACACACAUGGUGCUUUAUGGGAGAGGAAUUUUGCUGUGCAAAAGAGGCUUCUUUUUCUGACACCUGAGAUUAAAGAUAAAGACGUUUAUUUUAAAUUGGCCAUUUUUUCCUUCACAUGCUGGUAUGGGCUCGUAGCUGACGUGCUGACGCUCGUAGCCGACGCUCGUAGCCGACGUGCUGACGCUCGUAGCCGACGCUCGUAGCUGACGCUUGUAGCCGACGCUCGUAGCUGAUGUUCGUAGCCGACGCUCGUAGCCGACGUGCUGACGCUCGUAGCCGACGCUCGUAGCCGACGUGCUGACGCUCGUAGCCGACGCUCGUAGCUGAUGUUCGUAGCCGACGCUCGUAGCUGAUGUUCGUAGCCGACGCUCGUAGCCGACAUGCUGACGCUCGUAGCCGACGCUCGUAGCUGACGUGCUGACGCUCGUAGCCGACGCUCGUAGCUGACGUUCGUAGCCGACGCUCGUAGCCGACGUGCUGACGCUCGUAGCCGACGCUCGUAGCUGACGUGCCGACGCUCGUAGCUGACGUGACCUUCAUCGAUAAAUAUUUUGUCCUUUAUUUCUUUAUGAUGUCUAUAUAUAUAAUGAAAGCUAUAUUAGAUUUACUGUACUUCUGAAGGAGAUGCACUGCAUACACUUUGUCCUGGGUGGGGACACACACACACACACACACACACCCUCUCUGCCCCACCCACACCCCCUGUCCCUUGUAUAGGUCCAGAGGUGAGGAUCCAUGUCUCUAUCCAGUGGAAGUUUCAGUACUAGAGAGAGCAGAGCUUUGUGUCAGCAACAGCAUAGGAACUUGUGCAAAAUACAAACUUCUGAAAAUGGGAGCUUAUUUUGAGGAACGUCUUAAUAAUAUAGUGGUUAAUCGUCUAGAACGUUUCUGCCAAGCUUUUUAAACAUAAAAAGGUGCCAUCACUGGUAUGGUGGUGAGAAGAUCAGUGCUUCUGUUGGCUUCAAGGCAUUUAAUGCCAACAUUGUGCCUAAACUUUACUUCCCUAUGUAUGUAUGUUGUUAUUGUUAUUAUGGUCUCUUUAUAUAACGCAUUAAGGACUUCAGAUGUCGCCAGACUGAGGUUUAAGAGCAAUAAGGUGAUUGGUAAUUAUUUUUCUUUAUAGAUGUUGAUACCAGGCUAGGUUUUGUAAAUGUUCUCUUUUUGUAAAUAGUUUUUGAAAUUGUGACGCAGGACUCAAAGCUGUAUCAUAUCCAUAUGUAUAAAUCUAUCUAUAGGCUUUUUUUUGCUUCAACUGUUACAAACUGUUUUAGUUUAACAAAUAAAGAUGUAAAUUAUGACACUG